AAUUCAUCAAAAUUUUCCUCUCCUUGAAGAAAACAAAAUUUGUACUCCUCGGUUCUGAACUUCAAAUAAAACCUAUCAUAGAACGAAGGCCUUCACUGCCUGUAAACUUGAGAAAGGAGACAUACAAAUCAUAGUAGCGAAUGCGGGAAAUUCAAAGGGCGAAUCGAAAAUAAAACCCCAGGAUUAUGUAAAAGGGUGUCAUCCUAAAAAUGGGGCGUAAUAGCAAGCGUUACAAAGAACAUGCACGAUAUCAGUCACAAACAAGCAAGCACAGUUUAAUAUGGGGACAAGAUCAAGAUGCUUCUCUCCGUACUAAAUCAGAAGAUGGUGAGCAAGGAGAUACUCAAGAAUUGCAUAUUCAACUUGCAAUGUGGGACUUUGGUCAGUGUGACAUAAAAAGGUGUACGGGACGCAAACUUUCACGCUUUGGUUUAUUGAAGGAACUGAGAGUAAAUCAACGUUUUGGUGGCAUUGUUCUCAGUCCUAUGGGAAAUAAAUGUGUUUCAAAGGAGGACCAGCCUUUACUCCAUAAAAGAGGAUUGGCUGUUGUGGAUUGCUCGUGGGCACGCUUAACUGAUGUUCCUUUUGUAACACUCCGUUGUGCAGCUCCUCGGCUUUUACCUUGGCUGGUAGCUGCAAAUCCAGUGAACUAUGGUCGACCGUGUGAGUUGUCUUGUGUAGAAGCAUUAGCAGCAGCAUUGUUUAUAUGUGGAGAGGAAGAAACAGCCAACAUUUUGCUGAGCAAAUUCAAGUGGGGUCACUCAUUUUUGUCUUUGAACAGGGAGCUUCUAAAAGCCUAUUCAGAAUGUAAAACAGGUUCAGAGAUGAUAUCGGUGCAGAAUAACUGGCUUUCUAGGAAUUCUAAGACUGAGAAAACUUUCUCCAAUUCUGAUGGCAGUAAUCAAUGCCCAGAAAGUUCUAGCAAACAAAUAUGUAAGGCUGAUGGAGAAAAUCCUGAAACUGAUGAAGAUCAUGAAGAGGACGAUGAAUCUGACGAGGAAGGACUCACACCUCUUGAGCAAAAUUUAAAUCACAUGAAUUUCACUGACAGUAAUGGAAGUACGGAAGAGAGUGAAUAGAGGUAGAUAGGUCUAGAUUUGACCUCAAGUUAGACAUGUCAACUGUGCCAAUAUUAAUUUUAGGGUACAGUAUGGUCUUGGCAAUGCUUUCAUUUGUAAUUUAUAAUGCUCAUGAAUGAAAAGGUGGUCUUGGCUGAGGUGGUGUAAAUGUUUCCCUGUGGGAGCUUCUCAAGGCGAUAAAUCUUUAUGAAUUCUUUUCUAUUUUAUUAUAAUGACGCAUUAAUUGUCUAAAAAUAGCUACUUCACAGUUACAACAAUGAAGGAAUAACAUGCCUUGAAAAUAGUGUUAAAGUAUGUAAAUUUCAUAGUUUA